CCUCUCCAGCUUCAGCUUGGUCUCAAAGUAAUUCUUCUCAGUCUGGGCCAAAAGCAGCUGCACAUUGGUGUGCUGUAGAAAGACAGCUGAGAAUCAGUUUAAAGGAAGCUGAAGGGUCAGUUAUGAGCUGUGAUCUCUGCUUUUCUCGUGAGACGUGGUUGUGACAUCCCCAUGUGAUUGGAUAAUGAGUCCCUCUGAUAAGAGCUUUUCCUGUUUGAAACAAUACCAUAGGAAGGCCGGCCUGCACAACAAUUACGCAAAGUCUCCUGUUAGUGUCACUGACAAGAAAGAAGAGGCUAAUAAAUCUCCGCCUCAUGCUGAGCUGAUCCAUCCCGGGGGAAUAUUAAUGAUACAAAAACAACAGGAAUAGUUAUGAAAACCAGCAAAGAACGUUCACACUGCGCACAACAAGAACUCAUUGUGGACGCAAUGAAGCUUACAGUGGGUUCUACCUUGGGUUCUCUUCUCUGUCUGGUUCUUUGCACAGUCAGUCUAGAUCCCAGCCAGAUCCAAGUUUAUCCAGAAACUGGUGGAAUCUCUGGGGUUUUUAUGGCCAGGCUAAAGAACAAAAAGUACAGCUUCAAUGCCACUGCAGCCGCAGAGGUGUGCUCAUCUCUCGGUGUUAGAAUAGCUACCAGAGCUGAAGUGGAAAUGGCACAAAGCAAAGGCUUACAGACAUGCAGGUUUGGUUGGGUUAAGGAACAAAUUGCUGUAAUUCCUCGAAUUGAGGGAAAUGAGAAGUGCGGUCAAAAAAAAGUUGGAGUCAUUGCUUGGGCUGCUUCUACAAGCGCAGUGUUUGAAGUGUUUUGCUUCAAUUCAACAGGUCAAAGUGAAGCAACGACACUCACCACUCCAAGAAUAACAACGCCAGUUGGCAGCAGCCCUCAAGCUAAAGCAACCUCCUCAUCGCUCAUUCAGUCUACUCUAUUUAACAAAAACUUCCUCUCUCCCUCCACGUCCAUUUCCUCUAGUUUCAGCACCUCUGUAUCAUCCACAUUCUUUCACUCCACUGUCAGCAGUGCAGCUAUAAGAAGCCCCCAUUCAGUCUCACCCUCUAUUGCUCUGCAACCACUCUCCACCUCCACCUCCUCCACCUCCUCUUCUGCUGCGACCUUCUCCUCUACCAUUCUUUCCACAGAUCCGUUCACCUACUCUUCCUCUCUAAACACCCCUACAUCUAAUCAGACAGAACAGCCCCCACAACCACCACCCAGAGCAUCCUUUGGAGAAGUUCCUAUGGCAUGUGUCAUCACUGCUGUUAUGCUCGUCCUGAUGGCAGCAGCAGGUGCAGUUUGGUACUUUAAGAUUAAACGAGCACACCGUCUCCCACCGUGGGUCAGAAUCCGACACAAAGACGCUGUAGAGAUGUGGAAGCACACAGACCAGCAGAGUUCCAGCAAAAAGAAAGAGAAGAGCAGCUCUUCAGAAGAUAUAACUCUGCAGCUAGAAGAAGACACAGAAUCUUCUUAAGACCAGAGUCCUUCUGCCAGCAGUUAACAUUAAAGCUUUAG